AUGUCUGAGUCGGUAACGCGAAGCGUAAGCGCUGCGAACGUUUCUGAGAAGUUCCAGGGAUCACUUAAGAGUGCUGACGCUACUAAAGCGGUCACUAGAAAUGCCCUGACGUCCGGCUCGCUUUACCGAGGUCCGAGGAAUUUUCAGGCUUCGAAAUUAGUUCUCCCCCCUUUUCCCCAUGUCGCCUCCGUCAUUUCACAUUUUGUCCCUUUCAUGAAAAAGUUUAUUUUCAGAAAUCACAUGGAAUCUGUCGAGUUUGAAUUCCAGCACAUGAUCAACUCCUAUCCAAAAUGUGACUAUGGAACUAUUGGGACUAAUUUAUUGGAAUCUAUUUCUGAUGUUAUCGGCAAAAUUUCCAUUGGGAUCAAUAUUUUAACAGUUUUGUGCAUUUUUUUCAAAUCUUCGAAACGUCUGGGCACCUAUAAAUGGCUGCUUUUAGCUUUCCAGUUUUGGUGAGUGAUUUUUUUUUUCAUCAGCUGCAAGAAAAGUUGUGACUCACACGAGUCCCGUUCUCGCCAACUUUUCUUUUUUCCAGUUUUAAUUUAGUUUUUCAGGUUAUUUCUCUCAAGUCUUCAAACGAGCCUCAUAUCCGUUUCUUCUUAUUAUUUCCCUGUUAUUGGCGGUUCAACUACAGGCUUCACUUCAGAUUUAUCCCUGACUGUUCGGACAAUCAUAUCGGUUAUUAUUUUUGGAGGUUACUGGCUGUUUUCCCUCCCUAGGAAAUAAUCAAUUUUAGGAGUUUUUGCGUCGCUCGUAAGUUUAUUUCUUUAUCGGCAUCAGAAAGUUGUCAAAGAGAAUAGCCUCUUGAAGCUUAAAAAUGAAUAUUUGGCUAAGCCAGUACUUUUUCUUGUAUAUAUUUUUUACUGGGUCAUAUUUUUACCGAUUAUUAUCAAUAUACCUGCUCAAACAACGGCUAAAGUCCACACUAUCGAGGUUAUCAAUUUCGAACCAAGAUUUCAAAAAUGAUCAUUUUGCUUUUUAAUGGAAAGAAAACUUUUGAAAAGAGUUUUUUUUGAAAGCAACUAGAAAAAUACUCGAUUAAUAAAUUGUUUCAGGUUCUCAAGUGCCUGCCUCAAAAAAAUCGAGUCUGACUCUACGUUUUUCAUCGAAGAUCCCCAUGCCUUAGCUGUACUGCCUAAACUGUUAUUUAUUUUCUUUUUAUUUUUCGCUGCUCCAGUGACUUUUUGCGCUGUGCAUAGCUCGCGGCAACUUCGCUCUACGGCGGAGAAUUCUGCGAAACAAGGGAGAAGCUUCCACAGGCGAAACCUCCUCGCUGCGGUUAUGCAGGUAGGUAAAGUAAUUUUAGAAAAAAAAUUCAAUGAAAAUUGAAAGCUUUCCUCUUUUUCCAUAGAUUAAAUUUAGUAGCAAAAUUGAUUUUCCACCCCAAAUAAUACAAAGUUAUUCUUUUUUAUAAUUUCAACUUUUCGCUAAUUUAAUCAAAUUUCAAAGUACAUAACAUGUCGAUUUACUCUACGCCACACCAGAACUGAAAUGAACUUUUCAAAAGAAAUUGAGUUUUGAAAGUGCUUCUGAACUAUAUUUGAACCGCAACGCGACUGCGACGCUUCAAAAAUCUACAAAAGGCUAAUAAUCCCUAAACUUUUCAGGUGGCCAUGAUUUGCGCAACUAUGCUUCCUCCUUUUGUGUAUUUUUCAUUAUCUACCUUACUUCUAUAUCAGAACCAAAGUGAGAAAAAACGGAUAGUUACUCAAAUUCUGGCUAAUUUUCAGCACUCACCGACCUUUUCACGAUUUGGUUCGAGACACACUGCAUCGCAGCUUCAGCCGUGCUCCUUUUGGCCGAGAAGAACUAUCGAAAGUUUCUGGCUAGGAUUCCUGGGAAUUUCCUGAAGAAUCUGAAACGACACGUCGGGCAGAAGUCGAGCUUGGGGCCGGUCAGAAACGGCCGAUUUUUCGGCGUCAUUCGGGUGAACCCGGUCAACGAAGAGUCGACGAGCGUUCAGGCCACUGCACCUAUUGCCCUUGUUUCUCAGUCAACAGAUAAUUGA